AUUGGUUGGCGCGGGGGGUUGCCAUGGCGACGGGAUGCGGAAGUGGGGGGGAGGAGGAAGAGGAGGAGGCGGCGGCCGCAGGCGGGAGGAGGAAGCCGCCCUCCCGAUGGCGUUUGCGCCUCCCAAAAUCCCGGAUGGCUCCGAGCUCCGGAUCCGCCUCAGCUCCUGGACUCCCCUGAACAACCAGCGCAUCAACGACAAGGUAUUUGAAGAAAGAAGAGCCCUGCUUGGAAAAUGGUUUGACAAGUGGACAGACAGCCAGAGGAGGAGGAUCCUGCUGGAUUUGCUGGAACGUUGCUCCUUGUCCCAGCAGAAAUUUUGUGCCCGGCAGCUCCAGGUCCGGGUCCCCGUCGAGGCCGUCGAUUUUACCACCAGGGUCCCUCGAGUCCUGUCCUUGUACAUCUUUUCCUUCCUGGACCCACGGAGCCUCUGCAGAUGUGCACAGGUGAGCUGGCACUGGAAGAACCUGUCGGAGCUGGACCAGCUGUGGAUGCUCAAGUGCCUUCGUUUCGGGUGGCGCCUCCGCUCCUGCCCCUCGCCCCUGGAGCAGGGCGCCUGGAAGCAGCUCUACAUCCAGAUGGUGCGCGAGCUGCGCCUCAGCCCGCCCAAGACUCCGUCCAAGGCCGAGUUCAUCGUUAUCGACGUGCAGCCAGUGAAAAGCCACGUCCCGGAGGGGAAACGUCCCGCGGAAGGGCUGGGGACGGCCCGGGGGAAAAAGGAGCUCCGUCCUUGGCGUUCAUCCGACAGGAACCCCACGGACACCGUCCGCUACAACUACCUGGACAACCACGACCCCAUCGAGCAGGCCAGGCAGGCGAGGAGCAAGGGAGGAGGUCACACCCCGGACCUGAGCAGGCAGGAGGCCGAGAGGAAGAAGAGAGCAGCUCGUGGACCCACUCCGCUCCGAGAGGUGAAAUCCCCGUUUUCCCUCCCUGCGGAUCCCAAUCCCAUCCCAAACCCAUCCCAUCCCAUCCGGGCCCGACCUCUCCACCCCGGGGCCGUGCCCGCCCGGAGCUCCCACCGGAACGCCGGGAUCCGCCCAGGCCCUGUUCGAGCGCCGGAACCACGGCACAGAGCAGCCGGAGAUGCCACCAGGGCGGACACCGCGUCCCCACCACCUCCUCCGUUUGAGGCUCAGCCCUGGCACGUUCCUUCAUCCAACCACGGAUCCGACACGGAGUAAGGGAGGAUCCACAGCAUCCUUCAUCCAAAAGAACAUUUGGGAAAACGACAGGAAAGUUCCUGCUGGCUUUGGGAUCUGAACCUGUUUUCCUGUGGCUGGGGCUACGUUCCUUUUCCCUCUGGGCACACCCGGAAUUUCCGGAACUUUGUCCACGGAGAAGCUUCCUUAGGUCUUUGCCUGAGCUGCUGGAUCUCACGGGACGUCGCCUGUGGAUCAUUUGGACAUCCUGGGGCACAUCCCAUGGAAAAACCUGGAGACAGAAUUCCCUUCUCACGUUAAAACAAUUCCAUCUUUUCCCUUGCAACGGCGAGAAGGAAAUCAAAUCCAACACUCUGGAUUUGCACGUGGAUCCACGAGGAGCUGGGAUUUAAGAGAUUGGGAAUCCCGUGCUCGUUCCUCUCUCUCUUUCAUUGCUCUUUUCUGCAAUUUGGGAAAUUCCCAGAAAAUGCAACCAAGAGCAGUUUUUGAGGAUAUUCACCCGAGAUCUGGGACGAAACGGAACCUUUCCACGCAUCGGGAAAAAUCACGGCAAGCGCAGGAAUCCUCAGCGUUCAUGGACAAAAAUCACAUUUCAGGGGAAAUUCCAACCUCCAAUCAGAGAGUCACAGAGUUAUUCAGGAUGGAAAAGACCUUUUAGAUCCCCAAAUCCACGCCCAUCUUCCUUUAAACCGUGUCCACGGGUUUUCCGGACGCUCCCAGGAACGGGGAUUCCAUUCAGUGGGAUGAAGAUUCCAUUCUUUCCGUGAAGAAAUUGCUCCUGAUGUCCAACCUCAUCCUCCCCUGGUGCAACUCAAGGAUGUUUCAACGUGGAUCAGGAGGAAACUUCUGCUCUGGGAGCAGAUUCAUCUGUGUCCCCUCAGGGUUUCACAGAUUUUGGGAACACCGCGGCAUUCCACGGACACGGAACAUCCAAAUAAUUAAUUUUACAGCUCAGUGCAGUUCCCUCUCCCAGACUUUGGGUUUUUUUUUAUUCUGGUUUUCCUGGGUGCUUGGAAGGACAAGUUCAUCCCAACCAACUUAAAGCAUAAAACCCGAAAAAUCUGAGCUGCCACCUCCCAAAAACUCAGCCAGGAACUUGCAGAUGGGAAUUAUCUCCUGUAUCCUCAGACCUGUUCAUUAUGCAGGAGAGAGACUGAUGGAUUUUGAUGAAGAAAGUGAAAUUUUGAGAAUUUAAAGUGAGGUGGAACAAAGGAAAGCAUUCACCAGCAUCGUUCCCUGGAAUUUGGAAUUGCAGAUCUCUCCUCACCAGCCUUUUUUUUUACAUAAGAAACCAAAUUAAACCGAUUUCUCCACAGGUUCUUACUUGGUUUCCUAAAUCCAAGAUUUUUUUAUUUGUUUUGUUUCCAUUGGGCAGCAGUUGAGGUCAGAUCCACGUUCCAAAGAUGGAAAUUAUGUCAGUGGUUUAUAUUUCCCCAUCAAUAUUCCCUGGAAUUGUACAAUUCCCGGGAUCUGAGUGGUCUUGGACAGGCUCUGUCCAUUUUAAAGCACAUUUUAAAGCUUAAACCUUCCCUGAUUUAUAAAUUUUUUGUAUUCAUUUUUGUACUUUAUUAAAAAAAAAUUAUUAAGAGAAGAUCGAAGCUUUAAAAUGAUGCUGUAAAAUAAUAAACAGAACUGCCCAGGAGCGUGUUGAGCCAAGUCAAUUAUCCUCGGAAUACCGGCAGAGCUACAGAAAUUAAUCAGAAUAAAAUCAGAUGUACUUA